CGGACGGGAGGCAGCCCCGCCGCGGGCUCGGCCCCGGCCCCAGCGCCGCCAGCAUGGCCGGCCGGACCGUACGGGCUGAGACCCGGAGCCGGGCCAAGGAUGACAUCAAGAAGGUGAUGGCGACCAUCGAGAAAGUCCGGCGAUGGGAGAAGCGUUGGGUGACUGUGGGCGACACUUCCCUUCGCAUCUUCAAGUGGGUGCCGGUGGUGGACCCCCAGGAGGAGGAGCGGCGGCGGGCAGGUGGCGGGGCAGAGCGAUCCCGUGGCCGAGAGCGGCGGGGCAGGGGUGCCAGUCCCCGAGGGGGCGGCCCGCUCAUCCUGCUAGACCUCAAUGAUGAGAACAGCAACCAGAGCUUCCACUCGGAAGGCUCCCUGCACAAGGGCACUGAGCCCAGCCCCGGGGGCACCCCGCAGCCCAGCCGCCCUGUGUCGCCUGCCGGAGCCCCGGAAGGGGUCCCUGAGGAGGCUCAGCCCCCACGGCUGGGCCAAGAGAGAGAUCCCGGGGGCAUAACUGCAGGCAGCACGGACGAACCCCCCAUGCUGACCAAGGAGGAGCCGGUUCCAGAGCUGCUGGAGGCUGAGGCCCCCGAAGCUUACCCCGUGUUUGAGCCAGUGCCACCUGUCCCUGAGGCAGCCCAGGGUGACACAGAGGACUCGGAGGGCGCCCCCCCACUCAAGCGCAUCUGCCCAAAUGCCCCCGACCCCUGAGAAGCCACAGCCAGCCAGCCAGCCUGCUUGUCCUGCCUGCCUGCCGCCCCAGGGGCCCCUUCGGCAAUUUUUUUUUUUUUUUUUUUUUUUUUUUUU